AUGGUAAUUGGUCGCCGAUCGAUACACAACACUGCGGCUAACCUUUUGAUAACGAUCAGUGAUGGCAUUAAAUUGGCCAAUUUCGGGUUGGUAAGAGAUCUUGCCGUAGAUGGGUUUGGUAUAGCAGUUGCGUCAGACAUCACGUUGGAUUUCCGAGGCACACUCCUCUACGUUGCUCCAGAGGUUUUGACUAGCGAACUUGGACCCGGAAAUCGAAAGGCGUACGGGAAACCGGCUGAUGUGUGGGCCCUAGGAUGUACGCUUAUCGAAAUGCUAACCAAAUAUCCGCCUCACUUUGAAUAUUUUGGACAUGUUGAGGCUAUUCAAAAGGAGAUACUUGAUAGAGCGUCCGGUGACAGGGGCAAUUGGCUGCCAUAUGAUGCGGAUGUUCUUGUGCCUACCUGUUCGUCUUCUGUGCAUCAAAUAGUUGAUGUGGUUUUCGAACGAGAUCCUGAUGUACGGCCUACUACCAGUGAACUGUGCAACAUUGUGAAAAGUCUUGUGCAAUCCGAAAAUCGUGCAUCUACCACCAAUCAUGGACCAAGUAUGAGCGUAAGGUUAUACUUCUUCACUUUCUAG